UGCGCCGUACAGAUGGGAGAGAUUUAGGCUGUACUGCGGAGUACGGUCUGAAAGUCAUUACGAAACACAAGGAACAACCGUCAGCAGUUCUACUGGGAGAACUGCUUUACUAAAAACUCCACAUAGUUUGCGGGAGGAGUUUGCAAGCGGGGGAACCCUGGGAAAUGAAGUCCAAGCGGCCCUAGGUUUUUAUCCCUAAUACAGCUUUAGGUACUACACGUCCCAGUGUGCGUCGCGCUUUAGUAAGUGCCUGUGAGUAGGAGGGGGAGACUGGGGCGUAGCAUUGAGAGCCGCUGAAGAAGAAGGCGAUUAAGAUGGCGGCCUAUGCCGCGCAGGGACCCUCACCCACUGGCAAACCCUUGUGAGGAAGGACCCCCCGAGUCCAUAGCAGGACCUAGCCUUUCUUCCGUAAAUUAUCUGCAUCUGCUAGGCCGGGACACUUUGAGGAGGGGUUGUCUAUCGCCCUCCCCAGCUGUCUCUGUGCUUCUCUCGCCUCAGCCCCGCUCGGCACCAUGGGGGUGCAAGGCUUCCAGGAGUUCCUGGAGAAGCGCUGCCCGGGGGCCGUGGUACCCGUGGACCUGUUGAAGUUGGCCCGGACCGUAGCCAGACAGCAGCACAGGGCCGGGUUAUCGCCCGGGGGUUACCCACCGGCUCCUCCACCGCCUCCCCCACCUCCUCCGCAGCCCCCCUCUCCGGCUGCUCCCCCGCCCUGCCGAGUCCUAGUGGACGCUGAUUCUGCCCUGCAGCGUCUCUAUGGCGGCUACCAGACGGACUGGGUGUGCGGCGGCCAGUGGAACGCCAUGCUGGGCUACUUGGCAGCGCUGUCUCAGGCCUGCUUGUACCAGGGUGGCUUGGAGUUAGUAGCCAUGUUCAACGGCACGCUGGCCAAAGAAAGGCUACCAGAAUGGGCACGCAAAGCGCAAGGAGAGAGGCAGACGGCUCAGCUUAUAGUCAGCCACGUCGGGAACAAGGGCACCCCGCCCCCCCGGGCCUGGUUCCUGCCGCCCGCAUGUCUGGCUCACUGCAUCCGCCUGGCCAUGAUCCGCUUCCGUGUGAAGGUAUUUCAGAGCUUAGAAGAUCAUCACCUGGAGGUGGUAUCCUUUUUCCGUGAGAAUGGCUUUCAUGGGCUGAUCGCUCACGACUCUGAGUAUGCCCUUUGUAACAUCCCAUCUUACUACAGCUCCCAUGCCCUCAAACUCAGUUGGAAUGGGAAGAACCUGACCACCAACCAGUUCUUAAUGCAGGAAGUUGCCAAGCAGCUUGGCCUCAAGAUGAGCCACUUCCCGAUUUUUGCAGCCCUCCUAGGUAAUCAUAUCCUUCCUGAUGAGGAUCUUGCAGCAUUUCACUGGAGCCUGCUUGGACCAGACCACCCGCUUGCAUCUUUGAAGGUCCGUGCUCACCAGCUUGUCCUGCCACCCUGCGACGUUGUAAUUAAAGCUGUCUCUGAAUAUGUGGGAUCUAUUAAAGAUGUCUCUAACUUGGAUGUAGUAGGAAAGGAAAUCUUCAGGCACUCGCAGUCCAGGACAGAAGACAAAAUAGAACGCUUCAAGAAAGCUGUGGACUAUUAUUCUGUAGCGACGAAGCAGCGGCCGCAACCACUCAAUCCAUCUCCAUAUGUUGUUUCAGGUUAUGGACCUAACCAAUUUGGAGUACCUCCACAUCCUCAUAACCAAAUGGGAGGCAUGCCAGUUGGAAAACCAGUGUUUGGACACCAGAUGCCACCCAAGAUGCAGUACCCACACCACUUUAAUCCAGGCCCCAACUCAGGGUUCAUGUUUCCCCCCCAUCAAUUUGGUGACCUGCAGCACUUUCAUGAUGAGACCUUGCUGAAGACGGGGCCUUUCUCUGGGUGGUCUCUGCCAUACGAUUCAUCGUCCUCUAAGUUUCCUAAUCACCUAGCUCUGAAGCCUUCUCCUUCUUCUGGUCAUGAGUCGUCUCCAUCCUCUUCAUCAGAUGAAGAUCAGAACGGUGCUACGUCCAAUCAUGUUACAGAGGCCCGUCAGCAUAAGACUAACUGGGAAGAACCUACUGGGGAGAAGAAUUCUCAGUCCUGGGGUCAACAGUCAGGGUCUGGGGAUUCUAAUGCUAACCUUGGGCACAAUGAACAUCAGAUACCUUCCCUGCUUUCCAUGGCAACUCGGAACCAUAUGGAUAUCACUACACCACCCUUGCCACUUGUAGCUCCUGAGGUCCUGAGAGUGGCAGAGCACAGACACCGUCGUGGGCUAAUGUACCCAUACAUAUAUCAUGUCCUCACCAAGGGUGAGAUCAAACUGCCAGUCUGCAUAGAAGAUGAAUGCAAUACUGACCUCCCACCAGCUACCAUCCUGUUUCGUACCGCUCGCCAGUAUGUCUAUGGGGUCCUUUUUAGCUUGGCAGAGACUCAGCGGAGGCUGGAAAGGAUGGCUAUACGCAGGCGCCUGCCUGUAGAUGUCCCCCCAGUGAUUAUCAAGGAGUGGUCAGCCUACAAGGGAAAGUCUCCCCAGACUCCAGAGCUGGUAUCUGCCAUGACCUUUAGAGAGUGGACUUGCCCCAAUCUGAAGAAGCUGUGGCUGGGCAAAGCUGUAGAGGAUAAGAACCGCAGGAUGAGAGCAUUUCUGGCCUGCAUGAAGUCCGAUACACCCAGCAUGCUUAACCCAGCCAACGUGCCGACACACCUGUUGCUUAUGUGCUGCGUGUUACGGUAUAUGAUGCAGUGGCCCGGAGGAAGGAUAUUGCUCAGGCAUGAGCUGGAUGCUUUUUUGGCGCAGGCUGUAUCUGCACAGUUGUAUGAACCAGACCAGCUGCAGGAGCUGAAGAUCGAGAAAUUGGAUGCACGCGGAGUGCAGCUGGCAGCUCUUUUCAUGAGUGGAGUGGACACUGCACUGUUUGCCAAUGAUGCCUGCGGGCAGCCCGUGCCAUGGGAGCAUUGCUGCCCUUGGAUUUACUUUGACGGGAAGCUUUUCCAAAGCAAGCUAAUACGAGGGGGCCGGGAGAAAGUUCCUCUGAUUGAAUUAUGUGAUGGCCAGGCAGAGCAGGCAGCCAAGGUGGAGAAGAUGAGACAGAGUAUCCUGGAGGGGAUCAACUUAAACCGGCAGCCCCCUCCUCCUCUUUUGCCUCCCCCACCUUUCAUGCCCCCUAUGAUGCCACCAUUUUACCCUGUACCACUAUAUCCACGAGCCAUGGGUUCAAUGCCGCCUCCUCCACCAGGAAGAAAUAGAGGUUUUUCAGCGUUGCAUACUAUCCCCCCACAAGGGGGUAAGCUAGAAAUUGCGGGCAUGGUUGUGGGCCAGUGGGCUGGCAGCAAACCUUCACGUGGGAGAGGAGCCUUUGGCAUGCAAGUUGUCUCUGUCGGGGGUCCAGGAAAGGGGCGUGGGAGAGAACCUGCUGGCAAAGUUACAAAGACAAACAAAAAGGUGAACAAACCAGGCUCAUCUGAAAGCCGAAGUCCCUCCCAAGUAAACGGGACCAGCGGAAGCACCAAUGCAGAGGAAGAACCCAGUUCUCCAAACUUAGCAUGUGCCUUAUCUAGAGAGAGCAGCGACCCCUGCAGCAACGGCAGCUCCUCUCACUUCACAGGGAUAAGCAAUGAGGGCAGCGAAUCCUGCCAUGAUGAAAAGUUGGGCCCCGCGCCCCUGCAGAAGGAGGAGUGAGCUGCACAGAGACACAGAGCGAGGCUUUGCGGAGGAACAGGAGAGUGGUUAAGGGAGGUACAGAGAAAAAGGUCUUGAGAUGAAUCUCUGAUCAAUUCCCCCAAACUCAAAAUUUAUGAUUAUUUUUUUUUUCUGACUUGUUACCCCGCUUACUUGCAUCAGACUGGAUGGGGGUGGAGCUACCACUGCCCUGGGUCGUUGAACUUAAAGAGCAAAUGUGCCACUGGCUGAGUUCUGCACCUUAACCCUAAAAAUUGUCUAUCUUCCUCAGCUGGAAUGGUCUAAACAGAGUGUCAUCUGUUGUACAAUGAGAACGGCCCGUAACAUGGUGCUACACCGGCGUGUAGAUAUGCACCGGCACUUAGUAUUAAUUCCCUGGUGCCCUAUACCAAAAAUACAGUUUGGGGUCAGCCUUUUAAAUCCAAAGGAUUGCACUGUGGCCUCCCUUCCACUUUCCGCUCCUCCUGCCUCAGCAAAGGCAUUGCACUCGUGCCCGCUCACAAGAAACUGUAGAUAACAUGGAACUUUUUUUCUGAAUUUUAUUAAUAUUAUUUUUAUAUGUAUAUAUAUAUAAAUAUAUAUAAAUAUGGCCUUUGUACAAAGAGGAAUUUCAGGAGCGAGACUGUCACAGGCAGAUUUUUCCUGCCUUCAGCUGAAAUGAAGCCUGUAUUAAUGUCGGGUUGUCUCAUAAGCGAUGCAAGUUAGGUGGCAACUGGCCUUUCUGCUUGCCAGGGUUACAGGUCACUUAACUGUGAAAGUGUCGCCCAUCUCUGAAUAACUUGCAUAUAUUUAUAUUCUGCCCAGUAACCAAAUAAAUGGCAUUAACGUCUCCUCUAAGAACAGCAAGAGACUGCCAUUCUCUUAUCCUUAUACAUUUUUUGGGAGCAAAGACAGCUGUUCAUUCUGCAAGUGCUAAUGAGAUGGGGGCACUUAAGUUACUGGGAACCUUUGACCCUUACUUGCUAUAGAAGGUCAAGCAGUGCUUUACCAGCUCUAGGUUUAAGGGGCAAUAUGCCCACUAUUUUUAAACAGGGCUUGUGCUGAACAUACCUUUUGCCUAUUGCUUUAAUUAUGUUUUUUUUUUCUUUUUGUUGCAGCAAACAACAAAUUGAAAUCCAUUUCACUAACUGCUUAUCUCAUCUCCUGGUUAUGCUGAGCCACUGUUUGCAGAGGCAUACGUAGUAAUGGCUAUGGCACAUAGGAGAGAGAUGUUGCUGCGGCAAUACCAGUUUGCCAUGGGCAACAAAUCUCCUUUUGUGCCUCUGCACUAAUUGCCAGGCCAGAUAAGUGCUUUGUAUAAUGAGCUACUUAUCUCAAGGGAGGGGUUUGUUUAUAUGGAGCCGAUUCUUGAUUGGAACACAGCACAUGUUCAUAAGUGCUUUUCAAUUUCCCAUAAACUAGGAAAUGUGAAAUAUUUUCUAGGAUAGGCAGAACACAUGUUUAGUCUGAGCAAGUGCUGUUUAUAUGUAUAGGUAUAUACUCCCCUCUUCAACCUUUCUGGGAUGGAAGGGAAAGCAAAACCUUGCUUAGCAUCCAGUUGAACAUGACCCGGUGGUGUGAUGAAGCUGUAAUGUGAAUGAUUGUAUGCGUGCAACGUGUUGUCUGCCUGGGACAUAAUGGCAGAUUGGAAAUAUAUGCUGAGUACGUAUCCAGAGCUUGUCCGAUGGGACACGCUGUGUUUAUUGUGAAUACGCAUAUGUGCACAGGCUUUUUGUACAGAGAAGGAAGAGAGAUCUAUUUAUGUAACAUAUAAAUAUAUAUUUAGAUAAUACCACACUUGCAUCCUAAGCAGAACCAGUAUUCCUCAGGAACUCUGCUGCUGCUGGGGGGACAGUUUGUGGUGAUUUCUGUACCAUUUAACUCUGGACAUGUAACUCUCUUAACAGUGGAGGGCAACUGACGCUCUCGUGUCCAGCACUGCAUUCGGAAACCUUGCGCAUUGCCCACAUCUCUCAAAGGAAGGUUCUUCUAUAUAUAUAUAUUUUUUCUUUUCUGUGAUUGGUGUAAAGACGAAACUACGGUAGUGGUUCCCCUGCUUGAGCCUUUUGUUCAGUGUGUUACUGCGCCUCUAUCCGUGAAUUCACUCUGGUGACCAAGAAGUACUUCCUGCCCCAAGCUUAAGAGCAUUCCAAAGCUGCAUGUUUCAGGCCUUGGCCCACAUAAAGUAUUUUCACCUGCCUCCAGUCCUUUCACAGUUGUUGCAUAGGUACAGUUACAGUAACCAAAGGAAGGAAAGCUAUUCAGUUGGGCAUAUGGCUUCCAUGCUUCCCCACGUGUAUGGCCUGUCUUUUCUACAUAGGGUUCUGUCUCCUUAAUGACUGUACUUACUGCACUGUUGCUUAUAGAAGUUGUUGUUGCCAUUUGCGAGAUUAUAAUUUCUUUCAGCUUUUUCGUUACUUUUGUGCCCUUGCAAGGAAAAGGAUGGCCUUAAGGAAGGACCAGACAGCCCUUAGACAGACCCCAUUUUUUUUUCUUUCUGAGAUCAGCAACUUACAGCACAGCGUCCCCAACUGCUGGCUUUAAGGGGAUUGGAGGAUGCUUACAUAGAUAUUCCACGCUAGCGCCAAGGAAUGAGCUUUCCAGCUAAAGGCCAGUGUAAUUGGCAACAAUAUAUUUAAUGCUGUAGAUAAUUACACAGUAGAUUGUGCAUCUUUAAGUGUAUGGUAAAGAGCAACGUAAGCACAGGCCAAAUCUUCUCCCUUUUUUCUUUUCUUGAUCUACCUUCUUCUUUGUUAGUUUAAAACUGCAAAAUUAAAAACUAUAUACAUAAAAAAAAUAGUACAGGCCAGACUGUUAACAGUUGCCUAUGCUUGAUAUAGUUUCUAAAAAGGAUUGGAGGAGAGUCACCUUUAUUUCAUCCUAAGGAGGCGGCCUGCAGCAUGUUUGGCAGAGGACCAUAGAGGCUUUACGGCUCAGACAUAUCCUCUGUUUACUUACUAGUUUAAUAACCGACUCUUAGUUGGAUUGACUGGAAUAGUUGUAGCAAAUAUGACCUAAGAGUGCAGCCUUCAGCACAUCAUACUUACCAGCUGGCCAAUUGGUCUAUAGUGUUAUUUAGUGCUCUGCCUGCCCCCACUUCUGGUUGGGUGUUAUUGUGACAGUCCAGUAAAGGGGUUUGUAUCCGACUGUAGGAGUUGCAUCUUCCUGUGAUUUUAGCUGAUUUUUGCACCCUUAAUAUCUCUGCAAACCAGAGUUGCCCUCUUGGCCAUGUUUGAUCUGGUGAACCUUUGGUUCCCACGCAUAGUCGUGAAUGGCUUCUUUCUGUUGUUUUGGGCUGCGCUUUUGUGUUCUUUUUGCACUCGCUGCUUCGCGGCACUUUGUGGGGUAAUACCUUAAUAUUUUUUGGAAGCACUUCUGAUAUUUUUCAUUUUGCCAUUAGUUAUGUAGAAGUGGCCGGUGCUGCUUCUUUCCACAGUACUCACAGAGGAUGCUGGGAAUACCAAUAAUUCCAACGCACAAGGAAGUGUCGAACACUUUCAAGAGCACUAGUUGUCGUCUUGAUCCUCAGUGGAUCCCAUGUCUAUCCAACACAAAUAAUGGUUUCCUACACAAAUGGUUAGGAUACAAACAAUGCCAACAGUUUCCACUUCUAUUCACUGUUAUAAUAUUUUAUAUAUAUAUAUACUUUUUGUUGAGUUGUUCCCAUCCCGGUAACUAUAGUAAUACUCUGUGUCCUCAGCAGAGCGCGACGGAUUUGUCCAGCAAGAGGCUGGGGCCAGUGUCGCAGCUCUGCAUAAAAUGCAUUUUGUUCCAAUGUAAUACAAAAAGAAGGAAGGUCUCACACGUGACAGCCCCGGCAGUCAUUAGAGAUGCUUUUCCAGCGACUAUGGACAUCAGUGUUUCCAUCAUUCUAAAAGAUUGGCACCUUUGGGAGACGUACCAAGCUCUUUUCUACUGAUGAUGCCCCUGUUUGCUGGGACCACUUCCUUUAGGCAUCGUUCUCAGACAACUCCUGGGGACCUAGAACUUGGGAAUUAUGACUAUUUAUCCUCUGCUUAACUUCAUAUCUUCCAUGGAAUGGACUUGAGUUCUACCCAGUUGGAGAAUUCUUAUUUUUGUUCUUUCACCAUGGUUAGUGACUGUGCCUCGAGGCUAGUACUACAGGUACUGGCAAUACAGCCCUGCAAGCAAAGCGGGGACCUGUCCUGACCUUGAACAGGGGUGCAGUCACAAGCAGCCAACUGACAACUGUCACUGGCUUAAUACAUGUUUUGUUUUUUUCUCUAACAAUGUUUCACAGUUAAGGCUAAUUUUGAUUGUACCGAAACAUCCACUUUAAUUAUCAACCAUUUAUCGCCAUCUUGAUUUUUAAAUAUAUAGAAAUAUUUAAAAAACAAAAAAAGAAAAACAAAGAAAAAGACACCUUUUUGUAUGUUUGAACCUUACAUUUAUUGUACACAUUUAUUUAGCUGGUAAGAAGGGUGGGGGGGGGGGGGGGUACAGUCCGUCGUUCCUCUUCAUCGUGGCAUGUUGAAUCUGUUUCACUAACUUGUACUCAUUGAUGUUGAAUUAAGGUUUUUUGCUAAUCAUUUUUGUACCACGUAAUUGUUUCCAUCUCCACUUCAGCGCCAUCUCUGAACGCAAGCAUGCUGUGCUCCAAAUACCCCUGGCAGAGUUUGGAGGGCACGCCGCGGUAUUGACCUUCGGGCAGCGGAAAAGAACUUUUUCUCAGCAUGUUUAGCGUCGGGAUCCUCUGAAUGUGAAGCGAUGGUUUAAUACAAAGGAAAACAUUAUGUAGAAGGAAAAUAGUAGCUUUAUUUCUGUUAGCAUUGUUCGGUUACCCGGCUAGGUUUUACUUUAGGGUUAGGGGGGAGGGGCAGUUGCAUUUUUUUUUUUUAUAUAACACUGUUCUUUAUUAUAGUCACUUAAAUAUGUAUCUGUGAUAAGUUCCUAAACCCCUGCCCCCAGCUUGUAUGUUCUGCCAUUCGUAUGGCUCUCUUCACUGGGUGGGGGGAAUGUGGAAAGCAGGUUAAUUAGCAGAGUCCCAUCGUACAUGGUUUGGUGCUGCCAACAAAAUAUGGGCCUCAUUCUCACAAGCAUCAAAAUCUAACCUUGCGAUCAUUCUGUGUUCAUUUCCAGGGUUUAAAAAAAACCAUGUUCUUUGGAUACCCUGAAAAAAAAAAAAUCUGAGUAUUGUUUGUGGCAACAAAGCUUCGGCGAGCGCUGGCAGUCCAUCCCCCGCAACAUCCCACACCCCGAUAACGAUGGGGCCCAUUAAACAGUAGUACCAUCCGUGGUUCUGUUCCAUGUAACCAUUUUUUUUUUGGUAUUUUUCGUAUUGAAUCCAGUUGAGCUUUAUGCUUUGAACUGGUCUGGUUACCCAAAGGCUUCAGUGCUAAGGGUGGGCGGGGUCUGCUGCUUGCUGCUAAAUGACAUCAUCCUGUGAUAUCAGCAUUUUACUAAUGAGCAUUUUUGGAUUGCGGUUACCAUGCAGCCCUUAUACUCUGCUUAGAUUUUGGGGGGGGGGGGUUCCCACUAUUUUUUUUUUUAACAUAUAUAUAAUUUUUUCUUUUUUAAAAUUUCAGGACUUGUCAUAGCCCUGGAGAUCAAUCUUAACACUUAUACUGCUGAUUUAUCUGUGUCUUUUAAACUGGGUUUUUAGAUGUGCUAAGUAUAAAACAAAGCAACUAACACACACAAACUUUUCUUGUUCAGAUUUGAACAUAAAGGAAAAAUAGAAGACAAAAAAAAAAAAAACUUUAAAAAAAAAACUACAAAAAAAAGAAAAAACUUCUCUCCUCGCACCGCCGUCUGUAGGAUGUAUAUCUGACCCGUCUGUAUCUGCUACACACGUACUUUGUGAUAAUAACGCUUCUUUCCUGGUUUAGUGGUAACUCAUCGCUAACGCAUCUCAAAGAAACGAAGCCUUCGGAAGGGACGAUCGGUCGCCUUUCCGGGGAUAAAUAUAUAUUGUACGCCCGCUCCCUGUUUUCCGCUCCACCUAAUUUCAUAUAAAUUUCCGCUUUCUCUUUGAAUAAGUUUAUUAAAACAAUUUUUUUUAGCUAGGCAAAACCUCACUAUGAUGAUGAUGAUGAUCUUUGUUAGUACUUCAUGUUUAACGGAUUCUGUCUGUGUUAUUUACAAAUGAGAAAUUUUUUUUUUUUUUUUUGCUUCUGGAUUCUAUUUUCUUCCCUGUUAAUAAAUCCCCCUUUAUGCUAGUCACCUGUUUAGUGGAUGGGUAAUGUGUAACUAUCUCCCACUUUCCCAAAUCUUCCCGUCCUGUAAUCCCUACUCCCAGCAUCUCCAUAGUUUAUCAAUGUAAGUUAGAGCGGUUAAACUCUGGGAAUGUCUGUUGUUGCUGAGAAGGUGACCUCUUACAAUGCAGAAUGUCUAGGAAUGUUUUAUGGAGGAGCUUGGUUUCCAGUUAGAGAGACUUACAGUGCUUAAUAAAGUCUAUUCUUUUAGUAAAA